AUGGCGGCGCACCUGAAGAAGCGGGUGUAUGAGGAGUUCACCAAGGUGGUCCAGCAGCAGCAUGAGGACCUGUCCACUAAGAAGCUGCGGCUGACCAAGCCCAGCAAGUCGGCAGCGCUCCACGUGGACCUGUGCAAAGCCACCUCGCCUGCAGAUGCCUUGCAGUACCUGCUCCAGUUUGCCAGGAAGCCCGUGGAAGUGGAAAGCGUGGAAGGGGUUGUCAGGAUCCUCCUGGAGCAUUAUUACAAGGAAAAUGAUGCCUCUGUAAGACUGAAGAUUGCAUCCUUGUUGGGGUUGUUGUCAAAGACUGCAGGAUUUUCCCCAGACUGCAUUAUGGAUGAUGCCAUUAACACCCUUCAGAACGAGAAGUCGCACCAAGUUCUUGCUCAGCUGCUUGACACCCUGUUAGUGAUUGGCACAAAACUCCCAGAGAAUCCAUCUGUCAGGAUGAGGCUGGUGGAGGUAGCCUGCAAGCAUCUGACAGAUUCUUCCCAUGGUGUAAGGAAUAAAUGUCUUCAGCUAAUUGGCUGUCUUGGCCCAGUGGAAAAAGGUGUUGCAAAAGAGGCUGAAAGCCAGGCGGCCAAAGAUGUCCAGAAGAUAAUAGGAGAUCAUUUUAAUGAUCAGGACCCUCGAGUUAGGACUGCAGCUAUAAAAGCCAUGCUACAGCUUCAUGAAAGAGGAUUAAAGUUACAACAAGCUAUUUAUAGUCAGGCCUGCAAGCUUUUGGCAGACGAUUACGAGCAAGUGCGCAGUGCUGCGGUUCAGCUGAUUUGGGUCCUCAGUCAACUUUACCCUGAAAGCAUUGUCCCGAUUCCUUCUUCUAAUGAAGAAAUUCGCUUGGUUGAUGAUGCCUUUGGAAAAAUUUGCCACAUGGUUAGUGAUGGUUCCUGGGUUGUAAGAGUACAAGCUGCGAAGUUAUUGGGUUCUAUGCAACAAGUUAGCUCCCAUUUCUUGGAGCAGACCCUUGACAAGAAGCUCAUGUCAGAUCUGAGGAGGAAGCGCACUGCACAUGAACGAGCCAAAGAGCUCUACAGCUCUGGGGAGUUUUCAAGUGGCAGAAAGUGGGGAGAUGAUGCUCCCAAAGAGGAAAUUGAUACUGGUGCUGUGAACUUGAUUGAAUCAGGAGCUUGUGGCGCUUUUGUUCAUGGCCUGGAAGAUGAGAUGUAUGAGGUUCGAAUCGCUGCGGUUGAAGCCCUGUGUAUGUUGGCUCAGUCCUCACCUUCUUUUGCGGAGAAAUGCCUGGAUUUUCUGGUUGACAUGUUUAAUGAUGAAAUUGAGGAGGUCAGAUUGCAGUCAAUACACACAAUGAGAAAAAUUUCCAACAAUAUCACGCUGCGGGAAGACCAGCUGGAUACUGUGUUAGCUGUCUUGGAGGAUUCUUCAAGGGACAUUCGGGAAGCACUUCAUGAACUGUUGUGUUGCACCAAUGUUUCAACUAAAGAAGGCAUCCAUCUUGCCCUGGUGGAGCUGCUGAAAAACCUGACCAAGUAUCCCACAGACAGAGAAUCCAUAUGGAAAUGCUUGAAGUUCCUGGGAAGCAGGCAUCCCACUUUGGUGCUUCCAUUAGUCCCAGAGCUGCUGAGCACACAUCCAUUCUUUGACACUCCAGAACCAGACAUGGAUGACCCAGCCUACAUUGCUGUUCUGGUUCUGAUUUUUAAUGCUGCUAAAAGCUGCCCAACAAUGCCUGCCCUGUUCUCUGACCAUACAUUCAGACAUUAUGCAUAUCUUCGGGACAGUCUCUCUCACCUGGUGCCUCCGUUAAGAUUGCCAGGUAGAAAGCUGGUGUCCUCUGCUGUUUCUCCCAGUAUUACCCCAAAUGAAGAUCCUUCCCAGCAGUUCCUGCAUCAGAGCCUGGAGAGGGUUUACAACUUUCAGCACCUUGACCCACGGGGCAUACAGGAGCUGCUGGAAUUUACCAUCCGUGAUCUUCAGAGGCUUGGAGAGCUGCAGUCAGAACUGGCAGGGAUGGCAGAUUUCACUGCAACUUACCUUCAGUGUCAGCUGCUCCUCAUCAAGGCCUUGCAGGAGAAGUUGUGGAAUGUGGCAGCUCCCCUGUACCUGAAACAGAAUGCAUUGGCAUCUGCUGCAGCAAAACAGAUCCUGGAAGAAACUUACAAAAUGGAGUUCAUGUACAGCGGAGUGGAAAGUAGACAGGUGGUCAUUAUUCACCACAUGAGACUGCAGGCAAAGGCCUUGCAGCUGAUAGUGACUGCCCGCACCACCAGAGGAGUGGAACCUCUUUUUGGAAUGUGUGAAAAAUUCCACCAAGAAGUGGAUUCAUUUCAGAGAUGUUUCAUUUCUGAGCUCCCACAUAUGCAAGGCAGUUUUGUAGAUAAAUUGUUGGACUUAAUGCCCAGACUUGUGACGUCCAAGCCUUCAGAAGUGGUCAAGAUUCUUCAGACAACACUGCGGCAAAGUACCUUCCUCCACCUUCCUCUUCCAGAGCAGCUCCAUAAAGCCACUGCAAAUAUCAUUGAGCCUACUGGUGAAUCUGAUAAUCCUCUGAGGUUCACAUCAGGAUUGGUUGUGGCACUGGAUGUUGAUGCGACUCUGGAACAUGUGCAGGAUCCCCAAGGAACUGUUAAAGUUCAAGUGUUGUAUCCAGAUGGACAAGCACAGCUAAUCCACCCUAAACCAGCUGACUUUCGAAAUCCUGGCCCUGGGAGGCACAGGCUGAUAACUCAGGUCUACCUCUCACACACAGCCUGGACAGAGCCAUGUCAGAUUGAAGUGCGAUUGCUGCUGGCUUACAAUUCCAACAGGAGCAAAGCAUCUACCAGAACUCCUAAAUCUACCUGGAGUGAGAGCUUGGAGGCUCUCCCACCCUCUGAAAAUGGCAUAGAGGGCACCAUCCCCUUCAGCAAACCUGUCAAGGUGUAUAUAAUGCCCAAACCUGCCAGGCGGUGAAGGCCGGCACUGAAAAACCCAUUUAUGGGGUUGUUUGGUUACAUGAAAACAAGAUGCUGUGUCCAAGAUAGCAAACCAAGCCAGAACAGCCUUUACAUGCAUAAAAGGAGUCAGAUGUCAAAAUAAAGCUGCUGAAGAACAGUUGGUCUCUUAAAGCAGCAGGCAAAUACAGGAGUAGUUGCAGCUAGUUAGGAGAGAAAAAUGCAGGUUUUUCUAUAUUGACUCAGCAGAAACAGGACAGUUCUCAAUCAGCAUUCCAGUAGUAAUUUCCCUGGGCUGUACCUUCAGUCUUUCUCCACGGCCUCUAGGUUUUCAGCUAUGUAUUUACUAUGUAAAUGCUUGGGCACAUAAAUCAAUGUUAUUUUUACAAUACUCUGCAGUGAAGCUGGAGAAGUUCAGCAUUUUGUGGGGGGUUGUUGGUUUGUUUCUGGGGUUUUUUGGGUUUAGUUGUUUUGAUGGGUUUCUUUUAAUGUCUAAAACUUGCAUUUGUGCACUGGUACCUAAUUUCUUAACAGAAAAAAAUAAUAUUCUAAAAAGUACUAUUGUUCUUAUAUGGGAACAGCACCUGGGUAGGAAGUUUCCAUUUGCUGUUCUGCACCUUCUACAGCUGUACUGAAGCUGGUCCAGCUCUGGGGAGGGCACAGGUUGUUCAUGGUACAGGGGCAGGAGGAACUUGUUUGUGCAGAACUUCAGUCAGCAGGACAUGGAGUUUAACUGAGCUACAGUAACAAAGCAGUUUGUCUCCUGUUGCACCUUUGUACUGCUUGAGGUACAAUGUGAUUAAGUACCAGUUGGAAAAUUCCUAACCACUGAGUUUUACAGGACCUGUUUCUGUGUGAUGAUUGUGGCCUGAACCAGUCUUAGUGGGAUGUGAAAAUCUGUGAUUUCCAGUUCAGCAGCACUUUGGCACUCAAAGUCUUUCUUGUCAGUCCAAGUAGCCGAACACACUGCUCAGCAGGAAUUGGGCAGCUUGUCAGUGUUCCCCUCUGGAGGUGAGCUGGGAGUACAGAGAGACAAGAAUUUAGUUAAAACAUGAUCCAUCUGGCAUUCCUAUUGGGAAGUGUGUCUGUGCAUUGUGUCUGUGUGCCAGGCUUAGUGGACUGAGCUGGCUCCUAUGAUUUGUAGCAAUCCUUGGGUAGGAUCUUUUAGGAGGACCUAAGGUGUGAAACAUUCUAGUGCAGCAGCCAAAUAUUGCCUGUGUUCAUGAAUCAGUUGGGGUUUUUUUUUUCUUUUUAAAAAGAGGUAUAUUUUUAGCAAUUAAACAAAACAGUGAAGAAAUACUUUCCAGUUGUAUUUAGUGUAAAUAACCCCUUACAUGCUUUCCUGCAAUAAAAUUGGAAAACUCAUGC